UAGGAUUUCAGCAAUAUUAUGGAGCGUCCAUCUAAAAGGAAGCUAAUUCCUCCUAGUGCUCUUGAUGUAAAAUACAUAGAUAGAGCACCACAGUCAAGUCCUCGAAUUGGUCAUCAAUAUCAGGUAGAAGUUCCUUCCAUGAUAAAAGAAUCAGAACUUGCACAUAAUGAAGUGGAGGAUAGUGGACAUGAAGGGUGGAGAUAUCUUGGACAGAAUGAUGGUGCAUUCAAUAUAACUGUACCAGUAGCAGAAGCUAAUUGGAAUAACUCGUGGAGUGAUGCCGAUGUAAAAAGCUUUCUCCUUGGUUUAUUUAUCUUCGGGAAAAACUUUGUUCAGAUAAAAAGAUUUCUAGAGAACAAAGAGAUGGGAGAAAUACUGUCAUUUUACUAUGGAAAGUUUUACAUGUCCGAUGAAUACUGUAGAUGGUCAGACUGCAAGAAAAUAAAAGGGAGAAAAUGUAUAACAGGAGACAAACUUUUUUCUGGUCAGAAGCAUAUUGAACUGUUGUUUCGCUUGACUGGCCGUGUCUCAGAAGAACGUAAAGAUGCUUUGCAACAGGUUUCCAAGUCCUAUUCAGAGGGGAGGACUUCUCUAGAGAAAUAUGUCUCUUCUUUGAAGUCUACUGUUGGACUUGAUGUUCUUGUGGAAGCUGUAGGGAUUGGUAAGGGGAAGGAAGACCUUACCAGCCCAACCAUGGAAUGUGGUAAGAAAACCCAGGCUUAUUCUAUACAAGCUACCAAAGUUUGGUCUUCUCUUGGACCCUGUGAUAUAAUCAAGCAUUUGACCGGAGACUAUCAAUCCAGCAAGGCCAAAAGUAAUGAUAUAUUCUGGGAAGCUGUUUGGCCCCGCUUACUGGCAAGAGGUUGGCACUCGGAGAAACUAAAGAAUCAAGGCCAUCUUAGUUCCAAAAAUGUUGUGGUCUUUCUUCUACCUGGUGUUAAAAGGUUUUCCAAGAGAAAACUUGUAAAAGGUGAUCAUUACUUUGAUUCUGUCAGAGAUGUCUUGAGCAAAGUGAUAGCUGAACCAAAUCUUCUUAAACUGGAAGUUCUAAAAACAAAAGUUGGUGGCUGCAAUGAGAAAAAUGCAGAAAAGGAAUCUAACAAGGAUGGUCAACCUGACAACCAUAACCAGUGUUACCUCAAGCACCAAGUUUCUACUAACUGUGCAAACCACAGUAAAGGUAACUUUGACAACAUGUAUCCGGCAGAGACAGAAGCUGCUAUGGUACCCAGCAAAGAGAAUAAUAAUAGUGCUGAUUGCUAUAAAGGAAAAGACAACACAGAUUUUAGUUGCCAAAAGGAAGUGAAUGUUAAGUCACUUAAUGAUGAUGCAAACAAUAUGGCAGAAAACUGUGAAAAUCAGAUGAUCUGUGUAGCUAGUGGAAAUCAACUAAAGAGAAGCAUACCGCGUAAAUUCAAACGAAGACCAAGAUUAUGUCAUUUAGAUCUUGCAGGUCCCCCCAUCAAACUGUUAAAACUUUCUCCACCAGCUGAUGUUGAGACAGACCACAUUUUUAUGAACUCCGCAAGAAUCAUGGGAUCAGAAAAACAGGAACCCUCUCAGUCAUCAUGCAUUCCACAUGUCAACAAAGGAAGUGCAGAAUUAGAACACGAAAGAAGAAAUAUUAUUAGAGCUUGUGUGGACAAAGGCAUUUCUUGUGAUAAAGUGGAGAAAUGUGAACCACAACAUACCAUAGACUUGAAUGAAUCUCAAGUUCUACUGAUGUCUGGAAAUGCUGAAUUGAUGAUGACAAAAGCUCAGGAAGACAAGCAGGACCUGAAGCCAAAAGAUAUAAUUCCAAGGAGGAGCACAAGGAACAGACCAUUAACAGUUAGAGCAUUGGAAUCUUUCUUGCAGACACAAAGGAAAGGGAAAAGAAAAGACACUCUCUCGUUUAAAGACCCCUUGAAUAAAAUUUGCAGCCAUAGCGCUCAUGACAGAGGUAUAAAGAACGCUGUGUAGUCAAAGCUCGGAUCAUUGGACUCAUUCAAUAAAAGAACAACAUUUAAAUAGAUAUUCUUGUGUCAAUGAAAAGUAUUUGCCA